GAUCAAGUCAAAAACAAAAUCAUCAAGCAAGCAGAAUCACGGAAUGUAGAUCAGUUUCUAAAGAACUGGUUAGAUGUUGAUGUCAAUGAUGAACGAUCCAUAGAAAAAUUUGGAGAGAAGAUGGAAGACCUCAUCAAAUACAAGUACAAGCAGCGUACCCUACUCCUUCCCCUCAGAUGGAUAGUCCUGAGGAGUCUAGUGGUGUCACUUGACAGUAGAGGAGCUAAAGUUAUGAUCCUGCAUAGGAGUUUCAUUUUACAGAAAGCGAAGGAGCUGGAGAUGACAGAGAAAGAGGUUGAUGAAUUUUUAAAAACAUUCACAGAUUUUGGCAGCAUCCUCUACAUGCCUCAGUAUGAAAAAGUCAAAGAUAUUGUCAUUGUCAAUAUUUGGGAGUUUACACAGUAUCUUGACAAGCUCUACUAUCCAGAGGGAGACUCAUAUGCUCCCAAGCUGCUAAAGUAUGGAGUCAUAUCAAAGUCAUCUGUGAAAAAAAUCUUUUGCAAGCAUCCUGAGAGUGCUGAAGAUUUCAUGACAGUUCUUACGACAAUUGCAAUGGCCUCUAAAAUCAAAAGUGGUCGGUCUAUUCUCAUUGAUGAUCACCAGCAACUUGAUGAGGUACACUACUAUUUACCGUUAGCAAGAAUCCGUGCAGAAUAUAACCCACCAGAAGAAGAGAAUGAUUAUGCUUUCAUUGAGAUGAAGAGUGUUAACUUCCCAGCCAAUGUACAAGCUUGCAUUAGCAAUGCCAUUAUGACGAAUAAUAAAGAUGCUGUUCUUAUUGCUACAGACUACAGCAACAUCUCACGAUUUCUAUUCCAAUCUGAGAGUGGUCCUCCUAUUUCAAUAGAAAUGGUAUACAAAGGAAGCAAGACAAGAUUAAGAAUAAUGAACAGCUCCAGUGACAUACUCUCAUUUCCAGCAACAGUUGAAGCAUGUUACAAAGUAAUUACUGGUUCCUGUAGAUGUCUCCAAAGAAAAAUUAAUACGAUACGUGACCUCAAAUACAGUUUUGCUGUUCCCUGUGCAUCUUCCAAAGGUGGAUGUCAUUUUCUCUAUCACAAUUGUGAGCCUCAGCUCUGUGAUGCUUGUUCAGCUGAAAAUAAUUUCAGAUUAUGUUGGAGCAAAGCAGCAAAACAGUGUGACUUGUUAAGCAAAGGUGGCGAAGCAAGAACAAGUGAAAAUGAUCUACUGAGCUUUCAAGACAUUUCUGGCAUUAUUACAGGCAAAUAUGAUUUUGAGGCCUUUAAAAGAGCACUGAACAUUGAUGAAAGUAAUUUGCCUGACUUGAGUAGUCUACAAGAUGAGGAUAGUAAAAAGAAGGCAAUGAUGUUGAUGCUGUUAUUGUGGGAAAAACAAACCAGCAAGCCAACUAGGCAUGCUCUGAAGGAUAAAUUAAAAGAGAAUGGGUUCAGUGAUAUUGCUGAGAAACUUUGAAAUGCUA